UGAUAAAUCCCCACCGAGAGUCCUCACUUCUCACGUCAUUCGUCCAACGCUAGUCGGUCGUUAUUUUAGUGAUCAGUGAAUACCGAGAGCCCACAAAGAAUCAUGGCUAUUAGAAAGAGUCUUAUAUUUCUGACCAUUUUUUACGCCGUUAACGCAAAUCAGACUCACGAGUGCCCAAAUAUAAUAACGAGAUCGCAAUGGGGAGCGAGACAAGUAGCAAGCGUUAAUUACCUGAUCGUACCAAUACCGUACGUGGUAAUUCACCACACGGCAGGUCACACUUGCAACCGGACGAGUCGAUGUGCUGAAGUCGUCGCCGGUAUCCAAGCGCAACACAUCGACUCUAAUAAUUGGGGUGACAUUGGUUACUCAUUCUUGAUCGGAGGCGAUGGUAAUGUGUACGAAGGUAAAGGCUGGACCCGCGAAGGAGCGCACGUAAUCGGUUAUAACAAAAAAUCCAUCGGAAUUGCUUUCAUAGGUUCAUUCGAAGAUAACAACGCAAACCAAACUAUGCUGGAUGUAGCGCACAAGUUGAUCAUUUGCGGAAAAGCUCAAGGAAUUCUUCGACCGACUGUUCGCGUAGUUGGUGCACGUCAAUUAAUCGCCACAGUAAGUCCAGGCUUUGCACUGUACAACCAAAUUCAAGCUUGGCCGGAAUGGGUAUCUACCCCGUGAAUAACCAGUGGAAGAAGCAGGGUCGAAAUAUAAAACAGCACAAAUUUAAUAGAUCGCAGAGUAAAAUAAAAAUUCAGUAAAUUAUGAUAUAAAUAAUGACAAAUUGGCCAGUCUUAGAAUAGGGUGAUAUUUAGCACUUCGCGGUAGCACUGGUUCAUAUUUGACUCCAGAAAUCAUGUAUUUAUUAUGGGACGCCAAAUAGGUGCGACCGCGAAGGGUUAAAUUUCACUAAGGAUCGUUUGGUGAAAAUGUAAAUUAACAUUUAUAGAAUAUAUAAUAUAUAGAAUAUAUAAUAAUACACGGGAAAAAUCAGGGGAAAAAAGUUGAACCAGUCAAAUCGGUUUAUAUUAAACAAGAGAGUAUAGACGAGGAAAUAUUUUUGUUUAGAUACCAAAAUAUAGUUUAAGGUAAUUACAAUAAUCAUGGUAUACACUUACUAUUAGAUGCGUAUGUAUUUUAUCGACAGUAACUAUAUGAAGUACAGGUAAAGACAUUUGAUCUUGGCCAUCGAGUGCAAAGAGUAAUAUACCGACUAACUUAGAUACGUACGUAAAUUACACAAUGCCAGAGAAAUGAGUAGAUUAUAAAGUACCUGUUUUCAAUAUAAAUCCCUACAUUACCGACACAGCAGAGCACAAACUCCGGGCACAAACCCUUUUCUAGGACGUUCGAGGGUGGGGCAUAGCACCACUCCAACUAACUUUAUCUCUAAACAUGGUCUGAAAGUAAGAACACGAAUGGUGCGGAUUGCUCUUGAUAAUUUGCAUAAUGGCAUUUGAAAAAUAAUUCAACAUCGGCAAUUUUCAAGACAGUGAAUUAUAAAUAGAGCUAAAAAGUAGUAAAACAGAGAUGUUUGAAUAGUUGCACAAGGCUUGAAUACGUUCAAAAAAUUUCUUUCAACUUCGGCUUGUUUUAUUGUCCUUGGAAUACAGAUUCAUACUAAGCGUUGGACGAGAAUAACUAACUAUACCGUAUUUCAGGUUCGUUAUCACUUGGUUUCUAGACACCGAAAUUUGUCAUGUUUUGUCUAUAACAUUUCUAGACUUUUACUCAUUCGGUAAGAAUGUGUGAAAUCUAUAAAUUAUUGUUAAACGAUAGCUUGUAAUUGGUAAAUCUCGUUUGUAUCAUUAAUACUUCACUAGUUUCAAAACUCUCGCUCGCUAAAGCUUGCUCGGGUUCGGAUGUCUAGUGUAACUGGUUUUUGUGCUCGUACGCUCGCUUAAUCGUUGUCAGUGUUUCACCAGAUGACAUAGUCGUAGGGGAGACUAGGGCACGAUGGCUCCCCAAAAUAUUGUGGUAUUUGCUUCACAGUAUACAGAAUGAACACUGUCUUUGUGCAUGUGACGCAAACCGAUUCUGCCAGUAGAUUUUGCUUUAUAAUGCUAAAAAUCACGUUUACACAUGCGUGUAAGUAUAACGUAUUGUGAUUUUAUGACAAUAAAUUUCGUUAAAAAAUA